AUGGGUAUUCUCAAACAACUUCCUCAUGACUUGGAAGAGGUUGACGUUAUCGUCAUAGGAGGAGGAACCGCUGGCAGUGUAGUUGCUUCAAGGCUCAGCGACGCUGACCGAGACCUCUCUGUUUUGGUGAUCGAAAGUAGACAGAACAAUUAUGAGUUGCCCACGAUCGUGCAUCCUAUCCUCUUCACGCGCAAUCUGGCGCCAACUAGCACGGCGGCUUCGUUCUACCAAGCCGGACAAGAAGAGAAGGUGGGCAAUAGGCAACUAGUCGUGCCGACGGGCAGCAUUCUCGGUGGUGGCUCAUCUAUAAAUUUCAUGAUGUAUACUCGGGCACAGCGGUCUGAUUUUGAUGCUUGGAAUAUGCCCGGCUGGUCUGCAGACGACAUAAUUCCAUAUCUCAAGAAGCUCGAAACAUACCACGGCCCCGGCUCCAAGGACACUCAUGGAGACGACAGGCCAGUUCAGAUUUCAAAAGCUGCUAAGAAGCUUGGCUGGCCUGAGAUAGAAGACCUUCAAAGCCUAGAUUCCAUUAACGGUACCCAACGGGCCCUGCGCUUCAUUUCGCCAGAUGGCAAACGUCAGGACGCUGCCCAUGCAUAUCUACAUCCUCGACUCCGAGACGGCCAGCACCCAAACCUGCAUGUCCUAGUGGAAUCCCAGGUCAUACGAGUAAUCAUCGACGACAAGAAAAACGCGGUUGGGGUUGAGUACCGGCCGAAUCCUAGAUUUCAGGAUGCUACUUUGGCCAGAAGCAUCCGUGCCCGCAAAACGGUGAUCCUGUCGAGCGGGACUUUGGGAACUCCCUCCGUGCUAGAGAGGUCCGGUAUAGGUAGCCCAGAAAUCUUGAAGCGAGCGGGGAUCCCGGUCAUCUCUAGCCUUCCCGGCGUCGGCACUAAUUAUCAAGACCACCAUCUGCUUGUGCAUUCCUACAGGACGAACCUAGCACCAGGAGAGACAGCCGACGCAAUAAUGCGCGGCGAGGUCAGCGUCGACGAGCUCGUCAAGACUAAAGACCCUAGGGCCGGCUGGAACGCCCAGGAUGUCACUUGCACGGUCCGGCCAACGAAUGCGGAGGCUGCUGAACUCGGCCCCGAGUUUCAGGCGGCGUGGGAACGGGACUUUAAGGAUAAGCCGAACAAGCCGAUUGCCUUGAUGUCUCUCGUCAGCGGGUUUGCCAACGAUCCGGGCAACAUACCAGUGGGGCAGUUUAUCUCUCUAACAGCAUUUACGGUACAUCCGUAUUCUCGCGGCCGCAUCCACAUCACAGGUCCGAGCGUAGACGACCCGGUCGACUUCGAGACGGGGUUCUUCGCGGACCCGCACGACCUCGACGUCAGGAAGCACAUCUGGAUCUACAAGAAGCAGCGGGAGAUCCUCCGGCGCGCGGACGUGUACCGCGGGGAGGUGGCCGCGACGCACCCGCCGUUCCCGCCGGAUUCCGACGCGGCGUGCGUUGAGCUGUGGGACGACAACAACAACAACAACAACAACAGCCGCCUCGCCGACGUCGUGAAGGACAUCAAGUACACGCCGGCGGACGACGCGAUCAUCGAGAAGUGGCUGCGCGAGCACAUCAGCACGACCUGGCACUCGCUGGGCACAUGCAAGAUGGCGCCGCCCGAGCAGGGCGGAGUCGUGGACGCGAGCCUGAGCGUCUACGGGGUUCAGGGGCUGAAGGUCGCGGACUUGAGCAUCGCGCCGGGGAACGUGGCUGCCAACACGGCCAGCACGGCGUUUGCGGUGGGCGAGAGAGCAGCGGAUAUCUUUGUGGCGGAACUUGGUCUCGGUGGGAAGAGGAAGGAUACUUGAUGGAGGAGGCCGUGUGGUAUGUAUGGUAUGGUAUGCCUUGAUACCAGGUAGGUAUACAAAGCUUCCGCUAUGAUCAAGCACACAUAUACCUACCUCCUAAUGCUAUGUUCAGCGUGAUCCUCACCGUAAUCUUCUUAAUGGGGGUUUGUCGAUGGCGGAUUUGAAGCCAUACUUGUCCUAUAUCUCUGUGAGAUUAUCUAUGCUAAAAAAAAACCAUUUACAUCUCAGGGCUGCUAUACAUUUCACUAGGUAUUUAUUAUACAGAGAGAAAAUUAAUACAAUUUCA